AUGUCUUCCGCAGCAGCUCGGCAACGUCUCCAGGCCCUCAGCAAACAGCUAGUCGAGGGCAUUCCGGAUGAAGGCACCUUUGAGGAUAUUCCCAAGAUCCGCCAUGUUGCUGCAGACUCAGCAGGGCCCCGGACAAAGGACAAGGUUGUAAUUAUAACCGGUGCCAAUUCCCCCAAUGGCAUUGGCCGCGCCAGUGCCCACCAAUUCGCCAACAAUGGCGCCAAGGCAGUCUACAUCUGCGAUUAUAACGACUCUCACCUAGCCACUCACAAGCGCGAAAUGGAGUCACUCUACCCUGGGGUGGAUGUCCACGUACGACAAUUUGACGCCGGCGAGGAAAAGGCUGUUGCAGCGCUCAUUGAUGAGGUGAUGGCCAAGUAUGGCCGGCUGGACAUUUUCUUUGCUAAUGCUGGCAUUGUCGGCCAGCCCAAGAUUUUUACCGAGAUUGAUGGCGAGGCUUUCAUGAAGACGAUGAAAACAAACGCUCUAGGUGUCUUCUUGGCGGCCAAACACGCCGCUCCUGCUAUGAAAGUGACCUCGGAGGUAAAGCCUUACCCCAGCGGCUCUAUUAUCUGUACCUCCUCCGUCGCAGGGCUCCGCUCUAAUGCCGGCUCGACCGAUUACUCUGCCUCCAAGGCAGCUGUCGUCUCCAUUGCCCAAACCUGCUCUUACCAGCUUGCUGGCACUGGCAUACGGAUCAAUGCCAUCUGCCCGGGCCUGAUCGAGACCGGCAUGACGCAAUCGGUGUUUGACCAAGCCCGGAAACGUGGCACUCAACGCAAGAUUGGCCAGCUGAACCCGUUGCAACGCGGUGGCAUUGCUGACGAGAUUGCGCGUGUGGCUUUGUUCCUGGGCAGUGAUGAGAGUAGCUAUGUCAAUGGCCAGGCCUGGGCUGUCUGUGGUGGGUUGACUGCGGGACACCCUGUGGUUCCUGGGAAAAUAGCAUAA